UCAAAAAUUGACACAUAACCUCAAUUUGAGAUGUCGAGUUGCGGAAAGUGCGACCGUCCGGACACCGACAGCAUGGUUUCGUGUGACUCCUGCCAGGCAUGGUUCCAUUUCCAGUGCGUUGGAGUUUCCCCCGGUGUUGAACACAGAAGCUUCAAGUGUGAUGCUUGCACCGGUAAAAAAGGAAAAAAGACUGGCACCGUGAAAAAGGUUGGCACAGCUACCAAUUCCCAGUCUUCCAAACCAACAAAACCUGUCGAGGCAACAACAGCAGAAUUAACUUCUUCCGAAAGCCGAAGUGUUUCUUCCGACGCUACUGUGCAAUCCAUAGCCAGUGAAGCUGCUACUGUCAUUUCGCGGAAUCUUCCGGAACCGAGCUACGAGCAGCAACUUCAACGAUGAUGGAUGAAAUGGAGAUGCAAGAAAAGCGACUGAAGGAGGAAAGAUUAAUUCGGGAGAAACGCAUGGAAUUAGAGCGGAUGCUGGAGGAAAAAAAGAUAUUGCAGGAACGGGAGCUGCAAGAAAUGCAACUAGAGCAGGAGAAGAAGUUGCUCGAGCAAAAGUUGCAAGGCGACUUAGACUUCAGCAAACAACAACGAGCGCUGCGGGAUAAAUAUGAUCGAGCCCGAAGUGAUUUGUUGCUGAACGACCAAGACGAGUUUGCCGCCGGUGAUUGUGACAAUAAAAGUGCCGAAAAAGUGCAUGGUUGGCUGCUUGAUCCACGUAAUCGAGAUCCAUCGAAAAGUAUUCCUUUCGAUGAACAGCUACAACAAACGCCUAAAUGUAGGCCAGAUUCCAAGCGUUUGUCGCAUAAAGUACCAGAAAAUAUCCGCCUGCCGGUAGGCAAUCAUUUGACUGUCGAUGAAAACAUGUUUUCGUCGAGAAUUUUGCCAGAAGCUAACGAUUCCGCUUCUGUUAUUCAACAAUUUAAUCAUCAACCAACCAAAACACAACUGUUGGCCCGCUCAGUUCUUGGACGCCCGUUACCCAUCUUUAGUGGCCGAGCAGAGGAGUGGCCGCUAUUCAUAAGCUCGUUCAUCAACUCAACAGAAGCUUGUGGGUUCAACGAACAGGAAAAUCUGGUCAGGCUGCAAGAGUGCCUAAAGGGAGCUGCCCUAGAAACCGUUCGUAGCCGUUUGAUGCUGCCUUCAGGAGUGAAUAAGGUUCGAAAAUCUACUCCUCCUCGAGCGGACCGCCUGGAAUCAUUCAUUCCUUUCGGGCUGGCGGUGCAAGAGCUCUGCGAUCAUCUCGAGGCCGCCCAGCUCCAGGAUCAUCUUGUGAAUCCGGAACUACUACAGGAAUUGGUCGAAAAAUUACCAGCCGGUACCAAACGUGAAUGGGUACAGUUUAAGCGAGCAGAACAGAAGGUGACACUGAAAACGUUUGCUGAGUUUACGUCGAACAUAGCCAGUGAAGCCAAUGAAGUUAUUUUAGUGGUCGAUCAGAAACCGUCUGAUCCCAAAUUCAUCGAUCGAGCCCGUAACAAAGAAAAGGGAUUCAUACAUGCGCACAAUGCGCACGAAACAUCGAGCCUACAAUCGCCGCCGGUGCCGUCGAUCUGCCGCGUAUGUAGGAAGGAGAACCAUCGAGUCCGGAACUGCGAGGAAUUCCGGAAGAAAACUUUGACCGAGCGUCUGAGAUUGAUGGAGCAGCUGAAGCUCUGUGACCGUUGUCUCAACGAGCAUACUGGGUGGUGUCGAUUUAAGAUUACAUGCAACAUUGGUGCGUGUCGUCUGCAUCAUCACCCACUCGUCCACCGUAGGCAAGAAUUUUCGACCCCACCGCCAGUUCCAGUUUUUUCUACACCUGCUCCCCCUACUGAGCGAUUGAAUGUCCAUGUGGAGCGCAAGCCGUCUGUCAUUUUGCGCAUUAUUCCCGUCACGUUGUUCAAUGGUUCGCAGUCGGUGAAAACGUUGGCUUACCUGGACGAAGGCGCUUCUAUGACGCUGAUAGAAGAGAGCUUGGUUCGAGAGUUAAAUGCGCGAGGAGUUUUUCAUCCAAUGACACUGCAAUGGACUUCCAACAUCGUACGCCAGGAAGCUUCAUCACAAUGUUUAUCUUUGGCGAUUUCGGGUGACAGUGGAAAGCGUUUCAAGCUACGUGACGCUCACACGGUGAAGAAAAUGCAUCUUCCGAAGCAAGCUGUAAAGUUUUCUGGAAUCUCCAAUCAACAUCGACACCUGCAAGGAAUAUCUGUACCUGAUCGAGCCGCCGACGAGCCAAGAAUAUUGAUUGGGCUGAACAACAUUUUCUUAUUUGCGCCUUUGGAAUCACGGACCGGAGCCCCACUAUAUCCUAUUGCAGUUCGAUCACAUCUGGGAUGGUCGAUCUAUGGACCCCUGAAUCGAUCGGGAUCUGACAUGUUCGUGGGAUGUCACAAUGAAUACUCGAACCAAGACUUACACGAUCAGAUGCGGGAAUAUUUUUUUGCCGAGGAACCGAGCCUGCUAGUGAAGCACAUACCGGAGUCAAAAGAGUUGGAACGAGCACGAGCAAUUUUAGACCGAACCACUGUCUGGGUUGACGGUCGUUAUGAAUCAGGUUUGCUGUGGAGAUCGGACGACAUACAACUCCCGGAUAGUUACGCAAUGGCGCGCAAAAGGUGCGAUGCUUUGGAACGACGUUUGAAGAACAACCCUCAACUAGAUUUGGCAGUCCGCCAAAAAAUCGAUUCAUAUUUGGUGAAACAGUAUGCGCAUAAGGCAACUCCGCAAGAGUUGGCCUCAGCCACACCCGGGAGAAUCUGGUUCCUUCCGUUAAACGUCGUUAUUCAUCCAAAAAAACCGGAGAAAAUCAGAUUAGUUUGGGACGCCGCUGCAAAGGUCCAAGGCGUGUCCCUGAAUUCGAUGCUACUUCCUGGUCCCGACCUUUUGACGUCUCUUCCUGCGGUGUUACAACGAUUUCGCGAGCGUACGGUGGCAUUUGGAGCCGACAUACGCGAAAUGUACCACCAAAUUCGCGUGCAAGCUGCAGAUCGACAUGCGCAACGGUUUCUAUUUCGUUCAGAUCCGAUCGCCGAGCCCGAAAUCUACAUAAUGGACGUUUGCACCUUCGGAUCUGCCUGCUCUCCAGCCGUGGCGCAGCAUGUGAAACGGGUGAACGCGCACAGGUAUGCGCAACAAUUCCCGGAAGCAGUGGAUUCUAUCGACCGCCGACAUUACGUCGAUGACUAUUUGGAUUGUGCUAACACAGAAGACGAGGCGAUUGUAAGAGCGAAGCAGAUGCAGUACAUUCAUCAUCAAGGUGGUUUUGAGCUGCAUGGUUGGAUAUCGAACUCCAGUGAAGUAUUACGAGCUUUGGGGGCGUUGCCCUCUGAGGAAGUUUCGCUGAGUGAGCCAAGCUCCAGCGGGACAGAACGCGUUCUUGGGAUUAUUUGGAAGCCGCAAGAAGAUACAUUUACCUUUUCGACUACUUUGAGAGAAAACCUGAUCCCAUAUUUCUACAACGACAAGCGCCCUACGAAGCGCAUCGCUCUCAGCGGGGUCAUGAGUCUGUUUGACCCGCUGGGCUUCCUGUCACCUUUUACGGUGCAUGGGAAACUACUUCUGCAGGAGCUGUGGCGCACCGGCUGCGAUUGGGACGAGUGUAUCGACGACGACAACUUUGCUAAGUGGCAAAGAUUUACAUCUUUGUUACCGGAAGUAGAAGCUGCCCGUAUCCAGCGCUGCUAUCUCCAGGGUGGCCCACCAUCUUCUUACGAAACCUUGGAGCUACAUACAUUUGUCGAUGCGUCGGAACAAGCGUUUGGCGCCGCAUCAUACUUUCGCAUCGCAGUAGGAGAAGGCUACAAAUGUUCGCUAAUCAUGUCCAAAACGAAAGUGUGUCCGCUGAAACAAUUAUCGAUUCCAAGAUGCGAGUUGUCUGCUGCUGUACUGGGUUCGCAGAUGGCCCACAGUAUCGAAGCUGAACAUGAUUUGAAGGUGACUAGAAGGGUGUUCUGGACAGAUUCCAGGACCGUUUUAUCGUGGAUCCGGUCUGAUCAGCGCAGGUAUAAGCCAUUUGUUGGGUUUCGAAUCGGAACCAUUCUUCAGAAUACGAGAGUCGACGAGUGGCGCUGGGUUCCCACCAAGUUCAACAUUGCGGAUAUCCUGACCAAGUGGAGCAACGAAUCGUUUUUAGCACCCGAUAGCUCUUGGUUCCUGGGGCCGAAGUUUUUGCAUCGAGACGAAAGUGAAUGGCCAGAACAGCCAGUUCUGACCCCGAAUACGACACAGGAACUACGUACGUUCCUUUUGCACCAUAGCUUCUCAACUGGCGAGCUACCAAUCAUCGAUGUGAGGCGUAUAUCUAAAUGGGCGAUUUUGCUGCGAACAUUAUGUUGCGUGUUUCGAUUCUUAUCCAACUGUCAUCGAAAGAAACUGGGCGAGCCUAUCGAAACGGUCGAAACACCUGAGCACAUCAAGAAGCUAGUCAUGGUUCAGAUCGAGAGUGUGAAAAUCCCGUUGAAGCAGGAGGAGUUUGAGAAAGCCGAGAAUUUGCUGUGGAAGAUAGCGCAACGUGAAAAUUACAACACUGAAAUUGCAACGCUUCUGAAUAAUCAACGUCUACCGAAGGAGCAAUGGUCUAGCAUCGAAAAAAGUAGUUCCUUGUACCGGUUGGCACCCUUUCUCGACGAGUAUGGUGUUCUCCGAGUCGACGGCAGAACCAGUGAAGCUUCGUUCGUUCCCUACGACACACGUUUUCCAAUAAUACUUCCCAGAGAUCAUGUUAUUACGAAUCAUCUACUGAACUACUAUCAUCAACGGUUUGCUCAUGCAAACAAAGAAACUAUCUUCAACGAGUUGCGUCAACGUUUCCACGUGUCGAAGCUACGACCCAGCAUCAAAGCAGUACAAAAACAGUGCCAGUGGUGCAAGGUCCAAAGAACGCGCCCAGGACCUGCAAGGAUGGCACCGUUGCCGAUCGAACGUCUCACACCAUUCAUCAAACCGUUCAGUUACGUGGGCAUUGACUAUUUCGGCCCCAUUGAUGUAGCAGUUGGGAGGAGAUCAGAGAAGCGCUGGAUCGUCCUUUUCACGUGCCUUUCCGUUCGAGCGAUCCAUUUAGAAGUAGCUUAUCGCCUGAACGUCGACUCCUGUAUCAUGGCUAUUCGGAGGUUCGUAUUACGCCGAGGUCCUCCAAUAUCGUUCUACUUCGACAACGGUACGAAUUUUCAAGCUGCUAGUAAAGAACUUCUGCAACAAAUUCGCCGCAUCGAUCAAUCCUGUGCAAAUACUUUUACGAAUGCUCGCACCCGCUGGAGCUUUAAUCCACCGUCCGCCCCUCACAUGGGGGGAAUAUGGGAGCGCAUGGUGCGUUCCACGAAAGCGGCCAUGGCUACCCUAUCUUCUGGGAACCGUAUGACGGAUGAAAUUCUUUUGACUGUGAUCGCUGAAGCUGAGGAAAUCGUGAACACUCGACCUCUUGUGUACUUGCCACAGGACUCUCAGGAGGCGGAAGCGCUGACUCCGAAUAGUUUUAUUCGGGGAACUUCAUCUGGACAACUUGAUCUCCCAAUGGCACCUACAGAUAAGGCCGAUUCGCUGCGGAGUUUGUAUCACCGUUCUCAAUACAUCGCCGACGAAUUGUGGAAAAGAUGGCUGAAGGAGUACCUGCCGUCGCUCAACAUUCGAACCAAAUGGCUGGAAGAGCACAAACCGCUGCAGAAAGGAGACCUGGUCUUCAUUACGGAUGACCUACAUCGGAAUAACUGGGUACGAGGGAUGGUAGACGAGGUAAUCCAGGGUAAGGAUGGUCACGUGCGUCAGGCGCUGGUGCGUACUUCUUCCAAGGUGAUUCGACGACCAGUAACCAAACUCGCGGUUAUUGAGGUAGGUUCUUCAGGUAAAUCUGACCGAGAAGCUAGUUCCGGACAAGGUUUACGGGCCGGGGAAGUGUUAGAACCCCUCGUUUCUGCUCGAAUCCAGACCCCACCUAAAGUAGAUAAAAACGAACGCCUGUGA